UAUUCUUGAUGCGAUGCCAGAGAACAAUGAGGACUGCUUCUUCAUCAUCAAGUCCAUAUGAAGUUUCAUGUCCCCAUUGCUUUGGCCAUGCCCAGAAUGAUCAUCAUCAGUUUGAUGUUCUUGAUCCUGCAAUUAGGCAAGAAGAUCUUCGUGGGCAUCCUGGUCGGGUCGUUUUACAUGUCUUGGGCACCGAGCAGAAUGCAGUAGCUUCUCUACCAUGGCAUACGACGGCUUCUCCCUCCUCCGGUGAAAAUGGAAGCAGGAUUCAAGAAUUGAAUCAGAACGAUGACAGCCCAUCAUCAGGACCAGAACCAUCUUCAUCAUCCGCCAUUGAAGCUCUGCCGAAGGUGAAGAUCAGCCCAGAACACAUGGCCAUGGCCUGCAACUCAAACUGCCCAGUCUGCAAGGACGAGUUUGAGGUUGGGGUGGAAGUGAGGGAGCUUCCUUGCAGACAUUUUUACCAUUCAGACUGCAUUCUUCCAUGGCUGCAGACCAACAACACU